AUGGGGAGAGGGGAGGAGGCGCGGAGCGAGGCGGCGUUCACGGACUCUGCCGACGGGAGCAGCUCCAGCUCCGACGCUGCGUCCACCGACGAGUGGCCGGUGACGCUGGCGCCGCCGUCCAGGAAGAUGGAGGCGUGCGGCCGCGUCCCCGGCGCCGAGGUGGACAACAAGCAGCAUAAGCGCAGAGCUCCCAGCUCAGAAAUGGAGAUGAUGAAGGAGAGGUUCGCCAAGCUGCUGCUCGGCGAGGACAUGUCUGGGAGCGGCAAGGGCGUCUGCACAGCGCUCGCCAUCGCCAACGCCAUUACCAACCUCUGCGCCACGAUCUUCGGGCAGCUGUGGAGGCUGGAGCCGCUCCCGCCGGAGAAGAAGGCCAUGUGGCGGCGGGAGAUGGGCUGGUUGCUCUGCGUCAGUGACCACAUCGUCGAACUGGUCCCCACCUGGCAGUCAUUUCCCGACGGAACCAGGCUUGAGGUUAUGACAAGCAGACCACGGUCUGAUUUAUACAUCAAUCUGCCAGCACUUCGGAAGCUAGAUCAUAUGCUCAUUGAAAUCCUGGACAGCUUCAGAGAUCCUGAGUUCUGGUACGUUGAACAAGGGAUAUGCGCACCGGAUUGUGAUGGCUCAGCUUCUUUCAGAGCGGCUUUCCACCGCCGUGAUGAGAAAUGGUGGUUGCCGGUGCCUCGUGUUCCUCCCGGGGGCCUGCGUGACAAAGCGAGGAAGCAACUACAGCACAGACGCGACUGUGCAAAUCAAAUUUUGAAGGCUGCCUUGGCCAUCAACAGCAAUGCUCUAGCUGAAAUGGAGGUCCCUGAAUCCUAUCUGGAAUCCCUGCCAAAGAACGGAAGGGCAACAUUGGGUGACAUCAUACACCGCUAUAUAACGUCUGAUCAGUUCUCUCCUGAGUGCCUUCUCGACUGCCUGGACCUGUCAACGGAGUACCAAGCACUGGAAAUCGCCAACCGUGUCGAGGCAUCAGUCUAUGUGUGGCGCCGGAGGGUUGCUACAAGAUCAGCAAAUGUCUUAGGCCGUGCCACUAGUGGCAGAUCAUCUUGGGGUAUGGUGAAAGACAUGAUGAUUGAUACGGAGAAAAGAGAGCUUCUCGCCGAACGAGCAGAAGGCCUAUUGAUAUGCUUGAAGCAAAGGUUUCCUGGACUGACGCAGACAAGCUUGGACAUGAGCAAAAUUCAGUACAACAGGGAUGUGGGCAAGUCAAUCUUGGAGAGCUAUUCAAGGGUCCUGGAGAGUUUGGCGUCCAACAUUGUCGCUCGCAUUGACGACCUACUGAACAUCGAUGAGCUGAACAGGCAUGCAGAGCAUUUUCCACAGGGCGAUGCAAAUUUCAGGAUCGCUUGCAACAAGGCUGCUGUUCCACCGUACCAAGUGCCUGCCUCAGGCACACCGUUCGUGACUGCAUAUGCGACGCCCAGCUUCUCGCCGGCGCAACUUGCAAGCCCUUCAAAGAAAGCGAGGAGCCCGCUGGGUGCAGGGAGACGAUCCCACAGCAACAGGGAGUUAGGUGCAAAGAAAGCCUUGGCGCCUGAUCUUGUUAAUCCUGAACUAAAAGGGGUGAUAAUCAGCGGUGGUACCAUGAUCGAUGUCUCAACGACCACAGAGCUGUAAUCCACGGUAAUAUAGGCUUUACUCAUAAAAUUUGUUGAAGACUAGUCUUUGUGCAUACCUGUGCCAUUUGAGAGCAUCCAUGUUCUUACUGUGUCCUUGAAUUCUUGGUGUUAAGCACUUUGUGCUUGUGAUCGCUCGCGAUCAAGUAUAACUGGUGUAUAAAAAUCAUGAUUACACGGUUAAUUAAAGUUCAUUUUUUUGAAACUCGGUUAAUUAAAGUUCCA